AUGGCGUUGGAGAAUCCCUUUGAAGUCUCUGCUGAUAUGGAAAAGUUCCUCUGCGACAGGUUGCUGGAUGCGGAUCAGCCGAUCUCCGAGCGCUUUAGAGCGCUCUUCUCCCUGCGCAACCUGAGGGGUCCCGCCCCUCGCGAGGCGCUCGUCCGAGGUUUUUCCUUCUUCUCAAACGCGUGAAUGCUUCGAAUUUUCCCUUGCAUAUGCGGCGUAUUUGAUUUAUUUGCUUCUGGGAUGCGGUUCACUCCCUUUUUUGUUUAUAAAAUUUGAUUGUUCUUGUUCUCCAUCUCCAGAGUUACAUGCUUCGUUUUCCCUGGGGUUCUGUUGACCUCCAGCAGUUUCUGGAUGUUUAAAAGUUUCGUUUUAUUUUACUUCUCCCCUUGUGGAUGAUAGCUAACAUCAUCAUCACUCUGGUCACUGGGCUGCGGAAUUAAUAUCCUCUCUGUCGGAUCCCUUUUUCUUCUUUUAGACCGAUUUUUGCGAGUUUAUAAGUUUUUAUAAGUAAAAGGAAAUUAUUUUUAGACUAUCUUUUUCGAUUGUAUGGUGAACGAAACAUUAUCUGGUCAGUAGGAUGAGGCAACCCUGCUGCACGAAGCCUGUCAUGUUAUGUCCGUUUCUCUGUCGUCUUUUCUCGAUUUUUUUCUUUCUUUUAUAUGAGUUAUUUUUUCGCUGAAAUCUUGGACGUUGAAUGGUUAUCACUGCAUCCUUCAUUUUUAUUCUACGGUUGAAACCCGUGUAGAAAAUCGCCGGCGUUCUUCUUUCUAAUCCACUCUAUCGGCGUUAUAGAUCAUUUCUUCAUUCAAAAUCAUAAUAUAUGCCUGUUUCUUCCCGCCCAUAAUUAUUUUGGUCCAAUAUUCGUCAUCGAAGAAAGACCAUUCAAAACUUUUAACAACGUAAUGAGUGAGGGAAUGCCUGUUUCUUGUCGUAUCUAUGCCUGGCUGGACAACUUGGUCAAUUUCCUAGCAAGUGCGGAAUCACGAGCUUAUAAUUUCACCCAAGAUUAUAAUGCCAUAAGCUCAGGACACAUAAAAACUGACGGUUCAAUUUGACAUCAGAGACGGGAUAAUGCAUAUUUAAGGCUAAGUUGAAGAAACUAAAAGCUCAGCAUAUUUUUUUAAAAAUGCGAGUUUUUUGUUGGUCUCUUUUUCCUCCGGGUUAGUUUUAAAGCUACAAAUGGUUGAAUUUAAUCCAGUGCGGUACAUUGUAGUUUUUCUCUGUGGCCAUUAUAUUAAUUCUUGAAGAAUAAUCGUCCUCGCCCUUACUAGGGUUGUUUGACUUAUAGGAUGAUAUUAUUGCGUGAGCAAAGGCUGAGGAAUUAACUUCCUUUUUCCCAAAAUUGUUGAAUUUGACAUCAUUGCUUAGGCCUAUUUCAUGUUAGCGUGGACAAGUCCGAUUAAUGGUUGAGUGAAUAUGAUGAGAACAUUAUAUUUCAAGACGUUAUAAUCAUAAAAGGAAGCUCUAAAGCUUAUAGAUACCUACCUAUCCGUUACAGAAUUGAGCCAAAGAAUAAUGUAUAUGGAGACAUACCACCUCUGUGAACAAACCCUUGCAUAAUCAUCUAAAUUACCUCUUUUUUUAGCUGUAGAAGUUAUGCCUCAGUUUCGUUCAAGUCGUGACAUGGAAAUAUUUCGAGGCUAUACUUUACCAUUUUUCGAAUACAAAUUACAUUCUAAUCCUCUGGUCACGACUUUGACAUCAACUGUGAUUAUCUUUGGACUAUUGGAGGUUUUGUCAAUUGUCUUUUGGCUCAUACAUGUUUCAUAUUUUCUAACUUUUCCAGCGACAAGAGAUUCGUCAAAUCUUCUUGCACAUGAAGCCGCAUUUGCCUUGGGUCAGAUGCAGGAUGUUCAAGCAAUUUCUGCUUUAGAAAAUGUGCUUAAUGAUCUCUCUUUACAUCCCAUUGUACGUCAUGAGGUAAAAAAUUUCACGCUAUUGUCUUUUUAUGGCUUUUUUUUGAACCCUAGGGUUCUUUAUACUCGGUUCUAAGAGGCUUGGAUUAGGCAGCUGAAGCCCUUGGUGCGAUUGGCCUGGAAAGUGUUAUUCCUUUGUUAACUAAGAGCUUGAAAUCAGAUCCAGCCCCGGAAGUGCAAGAAACAUGUGAAUUGGCAAUCAGACGAAUAAAAGAGCAGAAAAAUAGGGCUAAUAGAGAUGAAAAAAAUUGUGUAGCAACAUCACCCUUCUUAUCAGUCGAUCCAGCAAGGCCCUCUACUCUAUAUUCUUCAGUAGAACAGCUAAGGUAUUUCCUUAUAUGAACAGCAUAUGCUGUUUUGUACUGCUUACUGAUUUUUAUUUUCAUAUUUUUUAUUUUUUGUGUAAUUCAUGUCCAGGGAAGUUCUCCUGAACGAGGAAGAAAGUAUGUACGAACGCUAUGCAGCUCUUUUUGCCCUCCGUAACCAGGGUGGGGACUCAGCUGUCAGUGCAAUCAUUGCAUCAUUAGGUGCCAGAAGUGCUCUCCUACGGCAUGAGGUCUACCAUUUUUGUUAUAUAUGCUAUUUUCCUCUUUAAAUUAUCUGCCAAAAAGUUUUGUGUCGGACCAUCGUUGACUGAUUUAGAAUGUCAACAAUCCUUUGUUUGAUACUUCCCUCACGUCGCACUGCUAUCAUUGCCACAUGGAUAGAUAAAAAGGUUUUUCUAUGAUUCAUUUUAGUAUGUUUCCGUGAAAUUAUCUGUGUUGUCUGGCUAUAUUAUGUUCAAAUAUUUGAUUUCAGGAUGCUUAAUGUUGAUAUGUGAAAAAUAAAUUGAUGGGAAAAUUUUACACUGAGGAUGAUCAUGGAUUAUAAUUUUUCAUACCAUUGACUAGAUGCAGCAUAUCAUGUAAUCUACUAUUUGGCCAUGUAAUAGUGAUGACAUAAUUUUUCAUAGUUGCUUGCAAAGUAUUCUAGCAUCUACUGUGCAUCCGAAUUACUAGAAUACUAUGUCGUAGAUCUAAUAUUUUCCACUUAGAUGUCGGUUAUAAAAUAUAAAAUAUAAAAUUCCGAAAGUGGUGUCAAUUCGUGUUAGAGAAGGAUCAUCAGGCUCGAAGGACUCAUCUGCCACUUUGCCUUGUAUUUAGGUUGCCUAUGUCCUGGGGCAGUUGCAAAAUAAAGAUGCCAUUGCUGCACUAUCCAAAGUUCUUGAAGACGUAGAUGAACAUCCCAUGGUCAGGCAUGAAGCUGCGGAAGCCCUUGGAUCCAUCGCAGGUACUGCUGUCCUACUUAAGAGUCGCACUCACUCUGGACUUUCUUGGUCAACAUGCCGUUCCUGUUCAUAGAAGUAUUGUAUUUUGCAGCUAUUUUCUUGUUUUUAUCUUCUCUUUUUGGUGCCUACAUGUGAAUUGAAUGAAGAGGAUCUUUUCCUGUCAAAUAAUCUGCUCCUCCGAUUUUCUUGCUUAUCGCCUUCUCAUCUUGAUGUGCAUGCCAGAUAGCAAGAGUGUUGAGCUUCUGAACCAUUUCGCCUUGGAUCCUGAACCCAUUGUUUCUCAGAGCUGCGAAGUUGCCUUAAAUAUGCUCGAGUUCGAGAGAGCUGGCAAAUCCUUCGAGGUAACCCGCUUUCACAUGACAUAUUUUGGAUUCGUCCCUAGCACGUGGUGAUAAUUUUAAUCUCUCUCUCUCGCUCUGCAGUUUCUCUUUCUACGGACACCUCAGGUGCAGUAG